AUGGACCGUGUCCUGUGCCCAGGGGAUCAUGGUGGAGAGAAUGGGUCGGUAAUGGAACACAACCCAAUUCCUUGGCAGAUCCUCCCAGUGCUUUCAGACCAGCAGUCUCAGGGAGUUGAGCUGGUCUUGGCAUAUGCAGUACCUAUCUUAGACAAGAAAAAGACUUCUCGUUUGGUGAAGGAGAUAUCAUCUGUGUACCCAUUAGAGGGCCAGCAGCAUCUCAAAAGGGUCCGAGCAUGCACUGAUAAGGCCAGUCCUCACCCAUUGGAAAUGCUGAUUUGUUUAGCAAGGCCUGGGAAAGAGAAGGCAGAAGACUUGCAGACGCUUUCAGAUCUCCUACCCAAUAAACAAAUAGACUGCCAUGGCCUAGGGGAACCCUUUCUUGUUCAUGUACCUGCCCAUCCUCCUUUGACUAGGAUGCAGUUUGAGGAAGCCAAGUUCUAUUGGCCUACAGCCUUUCAUGAAGACAAACAUGUCACCAGCGCCCUCACAGGGGACCUCUUCUCGAAGGAAGAAAAGGUGAAGAUGCAGGCUUACAUGGAGCAAGCUAUCUGGGCAGCCCAGCAAGGAGCAGAAAAGGGGAUGAAGCCGAUUGGGGCAGUAGUUGUUGACCCAGCUACAGAAACUGUUCUUGCUAUAGGCCAUGAUUGUAGAAGUGCCUCAAAUCCAUUGCUACAUGCCACAAUGGUUUGUAUAGACCUUGUUGCCCAAGGGCAGGGGAGGGGCACAUAUAAUUUUAAAUCUUACCCUGCUUGUACUGUCUCACCUUUGGGGAACAGAGACCCAUCAACCUCAAAAUCUAUCCGAGCUGGGACAAUAAGAAAACUUGAAUCCAGGGAUGAUGAGUUACCCUAUAUCUGUACUGGCUAUGAGCUUUAUAUCACAAGUGAGCCUUGUGUGAUGUGCGCUAUGGCUCUGGUGCAUUCUCGCAUUCAAAGAGUCUUCUAUGGGAUAGCAUCCCCUGAUGGGGCCCUGGGGACCAAAUAUAAGAUUCACACCAGACAGGACCUCAAUCAUCGUUUUGAGGUGUUCAGAGGCAUCUUGGAGGAUCGGUGUUAUUCUUUAAUCAAAGAUAGUUAG